AUGCCAACUCUGUUCCUCCAUUUCUUCCUGUUCUUAAUCACCACCAGUCUUACUAACCUCAUUCCCACAGUAUACAGCAACUGUAUUGAAGCCCAUAAACAAUCGUUGCUCCAUUUCAAGGAAAGUCUUCAAUUUGAUUCCUCUUCAUCUACCAAGCUUAUGACAUGGAAUUCGAGUACGGACUGCUGUUCUUGGCUCGGUGUAACUUGCAGCAGUAACGGGUGUGUUGUCGGACUUGACCUCAGCAGGGAGUCUAUCUCAUGCAGCAUUGACAGUUCAAGCAGUCUCUUCCAACUUCAAAAUCUUCAGAGCCUCAAUUUGGCGUACAACGACUUCAAUGGUUCUUCAAUUCCAUCUGCAAUCGGAAGGCUUGCAGACUUGAGGUAUCUGAAUUUAACCUCUGCUUAUUUUUCUGGGCAGAUUCCCUUUGAGGUUGCACGCUUAACAAGGCUGGUAACUCUUGAUUUCUCUAAAAGUGGUAAACCGUUGCUAGUUGAGAACCCGAAUCUAAGAAUGCUAUUUCAGAAUUUCACAGAGCUUGUAGAGCUAUAUCUUUAUUCAUCAGUGGACUUAUCAACACAGGGGAGUGACUGGUGCGAAGCCAUAUCUUCUUCACUGCCACAUCUGAGGGUGUUGAGCUUGUCUGGCUGUAGUAUUCGAGGCCCUCUAUGUGAGUCCCUAGCAAACCUUCAAUAUUUGUACGAGAUUGACUUGUCAUAUAACUCCUUCAAUUCUCCGGUUCCAGGAGUCUUUGCCAAUCUUUCAAACUUGACUUACCUGAGUCUUUCUAGUUCUAAGUUACUUGGAACAUUUCCCAAAGAGAUCUUUCAGAUACCUUCCAUACAAACGAUUGACCUGUCCUAUAAUGAUGAUCUUCAUGGUUCCUUUCCAGAAUUUCCAAACAAUGGCUCUCUUCGAUCCUUAAUUGUAGAUUCGACGAGUUUUUCAGGUGACCUACCCAACUCUAUUGGAAAUCUGAAAGCGAUUUCAACCAUAUCUCUUUCACGUUGCAGUUUUACUGGAUUCCUCCCCAAGUCGAUUGAAAACCUCACACAAUUGGUUGACCUGGACAUUGCAUGGAACAGGUUCAGUAGUCCUAUCAGUUCUAUUCACUGGGAAAACCUUGUUAAUCUGGAAAGCCUCCACUUGAGCUACAAUCAACUUUAUGGGACUAUUCCUUCAUCUGUUGUUUCUCUUCCCAAGUUGAGAUUCCUUACACUAUCCCACAAUCGGUUUUCUGGUCAAGUCCCUGAUGUUUCCAAUACUUCUUCUUACUUACUUGACACCCUUGAUUUGGAAAACAACAAUUUGGAAGGACAAAUACCAACAACCAUCUUUAAUCUUCAAGGGCUUGCAAUUCUGCGUCUUUCUUCAAACAACUUCAGUGGCUUCCCUUUCAAUUUUCUUCAUCAUCAGCCCAUAAAUCUUAUGUUUGUUGAUCUUUUCAACAAUAGCUUGUUGUUCAAUAACCAUAGUUCCAAUUCGUCCUCCCUUCAGAUUAAGACCUUGGUUUUGGCUUCUAACAAGUUGAGAGCAUUCCCUGGUUUCUUAAGAGACCAAAUCACACUUGAUAUUUCGAGUUUGAACCUUUCAGGAAACCAGAUUCAAGGCGAGAUACCUAAUUGGAUUUUCAGUCUCAAAUCUCUCACUUCUCUUGAUCUUUCUUGCAACUCCUUGGUGACUCUAGAAGCUCCUCUUCCUAAUUCUACAUCUGCUUUAUCUUCUCUGGACCUUCAUUCCAAUAAGCUUGUGGAUAUCCCUUCCUCAUACUCAUUCCUUCAGCUUGACUCUUUGGUAUUAGCUUCUAACAAGUUGAAAACAUUCCCAGACUUCUUGAGAAAUCAGUCCACAUUAUACACUUUGGACCUAUCAGACAACCAGAUUCAAGGACAGAUACCCAAUUGGAUUUGGAGCACCGGUACCAGUUUUUCUCAAGCACGAAAUCUUUCAUGUAACUCCUUGGAUAGUCUUGAAGCUCCUGAUCCACCUAAUUCUACUUAUAUUGUGUUAUUGCUUGAUCUUCACUCAAACCUGCUUCAGGGACAGAUACCCUUGUUCUUGAGUGGUCAUUAUAUGGAUUAUUCGAGAAAUAAUUUCAACUCUAGCAUACCAAAUGAAAUUGGAGAUUUCAUUUAUGCUAGAUCUUACCUUUCCCUUUCAAGCAGUAACUUACAUGGGCACAUUCCAAAAUCAAUAUGCAAUGCAAGUGGUUUAGUUCUUGAUCUGUCUAAUAAUUCUUUGAGUGGAAACAUUCCCCAAUGUUUAACUGAAGACAUUCCCCUUCAAUCGAGGGUUGAGAGCAGAAACAAGCUUGAUCAAGCAGUUUUCCAUACAGUCAUGGAUUUGAGCAGAAACAAGCUUACUGGAUCCAUCCCAGAUAAUUUUCAGAAAGCUUGUAGAUUAGAGACUCUUGACCUCAGCAGAAAUCAGAUACAAGGACAGUUUCCGAAAUCACUCAUCAACUGCUCAAGUUUAGUGGCUUUGAACCUUGGAAACAAUUUCAUAACAGAUACUUUCCCAUGCGUUUUGAUGAACAUAUCCACCUUGGGUGUCCUCGUUUUGCGAUCCAACAAGUUUCAUGGAAGCAUUGGAUGUCCAAACACCAAUGACACAUGGUCUGUGCUUCAAGUAAUAGAUUUGGCACACAACAGUUUCAGUGGUGAAAUGGCUGGAAGAAUGUUUCUGAAAUGUCAAGCUAUGGUGUCUAAUAAGGAUUCUUCUCCAACUAAUCUUGAAUAUCCUUUUCAGUCGAGCGCCUAUAGAUUCGACCUUCCCGACUCUUUUUAUAGAGAUGCAAUUACAGCUAUCAUCAAAGGUUUGGAGUUUCAUUUGGUAAAGAUUUCGAAUAUAUUCACCUUGGUCGACUUCUCCUCCAACAAAUUCAGCGGAUCGAUACCUGAGGAAAUCGGAGAGUUGAAAUCACUCUAUGUUCUCAACUUAUCCAAUAAUGCUUUCACAGGGAGAAUCCCAUCAUCAUUUGGUCAGAUGCAACAAUUGGAGUCCUUAGAUCUCUCAAGCAACCAACUGAGUGGCACAAUUCCACAACAGAUGGCAAAACUCAGUUUCCUUGCUGUCUUGGAUCUCUCAAAUAAUCAACUGGUUGGGAGAAUCCCCACCGGUACUCAGUUUUCUACAUUUCCACGUACCUCAUUCGAAGGUAACAAAGGAUUAUGGGGGCCUCCCUUGACAACUGAUGCAUUGUUGCCGCCACCAACUUCAAAUGGAAGCUCGACUCCUCCGAGUUCUGGAAAUGAGAUUGACUGGAAUAUUAUCUCUGCUGAAAUUGGAUUUACAUGUGGGUUUGGACUUGCGGUUGGGUCACUUUUGUUUUGCAAAAGAUGGAGGAAAUGGUAUUACAGAGCUAUGCGUAGUGUUCUUUUCAAGAUAUUUCCUCCGCUGGAGCAGAGGUUUGGUAUUCAUAGAAGACAUGUUUACAUAAACACAAGGCAUUGA